AUGGGACGCCCCCCACCCAGUGCAACCCAGAUGUGGAUCCUUCUGUUUCUGCUAAUGGGAGCGUGGGCAGGACUCACCAGCGCUCAGGGCUCCAAGGUCCUGGGGGGUCAGGAGUGCAAACCGCACUCCCAGCCUUGGCAGGCAGCCUUGUUCCAGGGCGAGAGACUGAUCUGCGGGGGUGUCCUGGUGGGAGACAGAUGGGUCCUCACUGCGGCCCACUGCAAAAAACCAAAGUACUCGGUGCGCCUGGGCGAUCAUAGCCUGCACAGUAGAGACGAGCCGGAACAGGAGAUGCAGGUGGCUCGGUCUAUCCAGCACCCUUGCUUCAACAGUAGCAACCCAGAGGAUCACAGUCACGACGUAAUGCUCAUUCGAAUGCAGAACUCAGCCGACCUCGGGGACAAAGUGAAGCCCAUUAGACUUCCCAAUCAGUGUUCCAAAGCUGGCCAGAAGUGUACCAUAUCAGGCUGGGGCACUGUCACCAGCCCUCGAGAGAACUUUCCAGACACCCUCAACUGUGCGCAAGUGAAAAUCUUUUCCCAGAACCAGUGUGAGAGGGCCUACCCGGGGAAAAUCAAUGAUGUCAUGAUCUGUGCCGGCAGCAGCAAUGGGGCUGACACUUGCCAGGGUGACUCAGGAGGUCCUCUGGUGUGCAACGGAAUGCUCCAAGGCAUCACAUCCUGGGGCUCAGACCCCUGUGGGAAACCGGAGAAACCGGGUGUCUACACCAACAUCUGCCGCUACACUGACUGGAUCAAGAAGACCAUGGACAACAGGAACUGAUCCUGCUGGCGGGGGUGUCAA